UACCUACCUACCUUGUUUACUACUGAACAACCCAAACUCUUCGCCUUCCUUUACUACCCUCCAGGACAUCAACCACAACAUCUCUUUCACUAACCUCUCUAUCUUGAUCUCGGUUGGUUCAAACCUGACCUCAACACACAUCGCCACCAUGCCGAAGGGCUCAACCUGGACUCUCGAAGCCUAUCGCGACUUCUCCAGAGCCGUCUGGGACGUCGCCAAGUUGACGGCGGAGCAGAAGGAGCAGAUCCUACGCAAGCUACAUGACCUGGGUUACGAAUUCACUGGAAAUGCUAUGAGACAGCACUUCCAAAAGAUGAUCCGAGACGAGAAGUCGGAAUCUCAGCAGAAUGCUGCUUCCGGCUCCUCUCCCGACAACAGUCAACCUGCUAUCAAGGACAAGGCAGCAGCCCGCCCCCGCCCCGCCCGCGGCUCCCGCGCUAGCGCCAAACGCAAGGCUAAGGCACCAGUCUCCGACGAUGACGACGAGGAGAAGAAGACACCUGUCAAGAAGCGUACCAGGAACGGAAAAACUUCUAUGAAGUUGGAGGAUGAUGAGCCCGUGCCUUCUCAGGAUGACAAGGACUGGGGUGAGUCUGCAGCUCAGCUUGAGCAACACCAGCCCGUGACUCUCCUUGACCCCUCUUCGGCCCCCCCUGCUCAUGGAGACAACGAAGCUGAACAACUGUCUCGUCUAGACGGUGAGGAUGAAAGUGGCGAUAUUUAAGUAUUUCCCAGCCAACCAGGAGCAGAGGAAUUACCUCUGUUUACGAUACCUCGCAACAUACCCCUCACUUUCUAAGAGGAUGCCAGGGACACUAGUUCUCUGAUGAGCAAGAGAUUUAUGUUAUCUAGUCUUCGCGUUGUAUUCAUGUCGCCAUCUACUUCGAGUUAGCUUAGGCCUUGCGUUCAUAGGGGUUAACUUGAGCCCACCGGGGCGUUGCGAAUCGGUGAUUUCCCCUCAUGCUGCUCGGAAGAAGAAUUUAGUGAUUAUGGUCUCGAUUGAUACUCAGAUAUACUAGUUGCCUAGUUUGACUUUGCGAUGUGACUUCUCCUUUACGGGAAUAUCAAUAAAAUUCCU